GAACCACCUACAAUUUCAAUGCCCUGCUGGACUUUCAUCUCAAAGGGUAUGUCUAUUUACGGCCAAAAAGAGAUCUGUUUCACACUUCUUCGUAGUGAAGAUGAGAAGGAAACUGACUUUCCUAUACAG